GCCACAAUUACCUCCUCUUUCUCACCGCACCUUCGCCUACCCCUCCUCUCUCCUCUCUCUGAUCACAAAAGCCGCCGUCGAGGACCACCGGCCUCAGCUCAACCUCCGUCUCCUUCUCCGCCGUACCUGAAUCUCUCUCGAUCUCGCAGAAUGGCGCUCGUCUAGAAAAAAAAAGGCAAAAGAUGAGGCCGUCUUGCUCGGAUAGAAUCGACAUUGCCGCCAACGCGCAGCGGCUCGAUGUCGACCACCGGAUUUCGCUCCGCAUCUACUUCCGGAUCGCCAAUACUCUCCUCAAGCAGGCUGAUAUAUUUCGACAAGAAAGGAAUAUUAUAGACCUUUAUGUCAUGCUUCUAAGGUUUUCGAGUUUGGCCACUGAGACGAUACCAUAUCAUCGAGACUAUAGAGCAUCUGUUCAAAGAGAAAAGGAUAUUUUGAAGAAGAAAUUGUUGAAUGCUCUCUGUGAGCUGGAGAACUUAAAGCCAGCAGUGAAACAGAAGAAUGAUGAAUUCAACAGGAGAUCUGCAUACCAAACCAAUGGGUGGGGCAAUAAUAAUCAAGUUCAAGCUCCUCCAAAAAAGCAAAAUUUGAUUAGUUAUGACGUAAAUAAGGCAGCAAAUCCAGGUUCAAAAGUACAGGUCUAUCAAAAUCCAGGAACUCAACAGUUUUCAUAUGCCAGACCUGUGGAGGAACAUUUACGCAAACUGUCCAUAAAUGUUAGACCUCCUAAGGAGGAUACUCUUUCCAAACAUUCAAUUUUGGGCCCGAAUGGGCUCUAUGGGCAGUGGCAGCCACCUAGAACUGAUACUGGGGUUCGAUAUCCAAGCAUUGUUGACUUGACUUCUCUUGAAAUCCUAAGUCUGGAACAGUCUCUAGAGGGAAAAACUGCAGCUGUAAGCAAUUUGGAACAUGAAAGACCAAGUUUAGAACCAAUUCCUACCCAGAGUAGUGAUGAUGCUCCGUUGCCUCCUGCUGAGGAGCCUUCCCUGAUUUCCUUCGAAUCAACAGAUGCUCCUGAACAUACGCAACUUAUCAGACAGCCGUCUCCUCCACCUGUGCUUGCUGAAGUACAAGAUUUGAUCCCAGCAAUUUCACCCCAAGUCUCUGCAGUAGGAAGUGAAUUGGAGACUCUCUCUACAGAUGAAUUUCUUCGUGCUGAAUCCCCCUUGCAAUUGCACAUUUCAACAACAAUGAUGGACCAUUUCAUGAAGUUGGCAAAGUCAAAUACUAAAAAGAACUUGGAAACUUGUGGGAUUCUAGCUGGUUCACUUAAAAACCGAAAAUUCUAUGUUACAGCUCUCAUCAUACCAAAGCAAGAGUCAACAGAAAAUUCUUGCCAAGCCACACAUGAAGAGGAAAUAUUUGAAGUACAGGAUAAACGAUCUCUCUUCCCUCUUGGCUGGAUACAUACUCAUCCUACACAGUCUUGUUUCAUGUCAUCGAUCGAUGUUCACACACAUUAUUCGUAUCAGAUUAUGUUGCCAGAAGCUGUUGCUAUUGUCAUGGCGCCAAGAGAUAGUUCAAGAACCCAUGGCAUUUUCCGAUUGACAACCCCCGGUGGCAUGUCAGUCAUUAGAAAGUGCCCACAGCGUGGUUUUCAUUCACAUGAUCAGCCACCAGAUGGAGGGCCAAUUUACAACACCUGUACAGAUGUUUAUAUGAGCCCUAAUCUUAAAUUUGAGGUCAUUGAUCUUCGAUAAUGAUACACACGAUAUUCAAAUGGAUAAACAUUCAUUGAUGCAAUUGUUGAUAUACAAAACAGUGACAAUAUUGGAUUUAUAAUCAAGCUUGGCCUUCAUGUGUGUAAGUAUCUGUAAAGAAUGAAAUGUUUGCUGGUUGGCUGUACAUUUGAUUG